AUGCGGAAUGCUGGCUUCGCCGCCUUUCUUGUCGACCCCUCCUUCACUUCGCUCUCUUCGGGAAGUGAUGAGGAUUAUGAGAAAUGGUGGAGUUCACGAGAAAUGGUGGAGUUCACGAUAAAUGGUGGGCAGCUAGGAAAUGAUAAAAUGAUGGAUUUUUUCACAAUCUGUUCAAUUUUCAGAAUGGCAUCGGAUGACGUCGACGUUGCGUUAUCCUUCCAGCAGCUUCUGGCAUCCGACAUCAAAGUCGGAGUCUCCCUCCCGGACAGACAUGCGUUCAUUAUGUUCGUCGCCGAAAUGA